CAAAAUGGUAGAAGCCUUGUGACAACAACAACCAGGAAGAACAGGAAGCAAUUUUGUGACUUUAGUUCAGUUUUAUUCCAGCGUUUUGUGUCGAUCGGACACAUAUCGUUUUAGGAUCAUCCCAUUGUAACGCAAGAAAAAUGGCUGUCGAACGCCUCUUCAAAAUCAUCAUAAUUGGAGAUCCAACUGUUGGCAAGACAUCCUUUGUUCAGCGUUAUACAAAUGAUAUGUUUAGAAGAGAUUAUAAAGGAACGAUAGGAGUUGACUUUGCUCUUAAAGUGGUGAAAUGGUCUGAUGAAGAAACACUCAAAUUGCAGUUAUGGGAUAUAGCAGGUCAAGAACGCUUCACAUCCAUGACGCGUGUAUAUUACAAAGAUGCACACGCCUGUAUCAUAAUGUUCGACCUAACACAAAAGACAACAUUUCACAACACGUUAAAAUGGAAAAAGGACUUAGAUUCCAAGUGUAGUUUACCAGAUGGAAGUCCCGUGCCAUGUAUAUUACUAGCCAAUAAAUGUGAUCUUCCACAUCGAGAAGUAGAACAGAGCGAAAUUGAGAAUCUGUGUCGAGAAAAUGAGUUUGUCGGAUGGACAGAAAUAUCUGUGAAGGAAAAUCUCAUGGUGGAGGAAAGUAUGAAGUUCUUGCUAGAGGAGAUUAUGACCAAGUUUGGCGAAAUGGAGGCAUCUCUAGAUUCACAAGAAGCGGACAAACAGAAUAUCAAGUUGAAAUCGCAGGGUGGGGACGACGGUGGGGGAAAAUGUGGGUGCUAGUGAGAGUCACAGCAUGGAAAUGAUUGGACUGUGUUUUGGGCAAUGAUGGUGAAUUGUGCUAGUUUGGGAAUUUUGCGAUCAUGAAGUCUUGCUGAUGCAAUCGUAAAACACUGAAGAAGUAAUGCGUGUGAUUGUUGUAAAUGUUUAUCAUACGCAGACAUUUUUGCAGGGUAAUAUUUCACAAAUGGAGCAGUUUGUUUCUAUUCUGCGUGGAUUGUUUGCGUGUGAAGUUACAAUUUCAAAAGUGCCAUCAUUAUGCAAACAGAAAUAAACUCGGCAUUGCAAGAUUGAUGAAAUCAACAAGCUCUCAUGUAGUAAUCCAGUGGCAAUAUCUCUCUCUGAAGAAUGCGUACGGUCUUGCUCAAGCUUUUAAUGUUUCAACACCUAUGACCUAUUACUAGGGCUUCCUAAAUACUUGACUGAUUUCAAUGCGGUUUGUACAGGGUUGACAAAAUAAUCACAAAUGUGAAGUUGUUGUCCAUUUGGUCGCCAUGAUAACAAUAAAGUGUGUUACUUUCUUUGAUUUGUAGAUAAUCAACCAUUUACAAAAGGUCAUCAAAAAACAAAUUUAUAUCUGGCGGGGGGGGGUACAAAUAAAACACGAGUGUUGUAGUACAGCAAGUGAUAGAUUUCGGGAGUGUUUUCAUGUUGAUAUCUUGAUAUACGGGUUCUGAAAAAGUACUUUUUGGUUCACCCUACUGGUGAGUCUAUACAAUGAUGCAGUGUCCAUCGUUGUUGUUGUGACCAAUUUACAAAAACCGUGAAACAUUUAUUAAAACCGCAAACGUUAUGAACUUGAAACUUUGUGCACAUAAACCCCUACAUUAGAUAACUUCUGACACUAUAUUUUGGUCUAGUCUGUUUCUUGACUUGGCCAUCCCAUGGUAUCAACCUUAAAAUAUAAGAAAUGUGAUAUCUUGCAUAAGUACACCCCAAACAAGUGAUUUAAAUUGCAGAUUUGACCUACUGUACUUUUCGAAGUCACAGAAGUCCAAAUUUGCUAUUUGGAUGUGUAAUGCUUGUUAGCAUGGCACAUUUCAAUACAAAUUUUAACUGUAGGUUCUCCUAACAAGGAUGAAUUUCAGAUGAUGCAGGCUUUUGAUUUGGUCUACUUUUCAAGGUCACAGAGGUCCAGAUUUGACCUACUGUACUUUUCGAGGUCACAGAAGUCCAAAUUUGCUAUUUGGAUGUGUAAUGCUUGUUUGCAUGGCACAUUUCAAUACAAAUUUUAACUGUAGGUACUCCUAACAAGGAUGAAUUACAGAUCAUGCAGGCUUUUGAUUUGGUCUACUUUUCAAGGUCACAGAGGUAUUUGGAUGUGUAAAUAUAGCACAUUGCACUUUUUAAGUUAAGUUUGACCCAGUGAGCACAAUUGCCCUUGGCUCUCGAACUGUGUCUCUUUCUGGUGAUGGACUGGUGCUGGUCUGUGUUACAGGAAAAUGUUAACACUAGGAUGGACGAAGUACCUCAAAAUUAGAACUCUAAUACAGUAACACCUCUCUAUUAAGGACACCCAUUGAACUGACAAGUGCUGUCCUUAAUAGAGAGGUGUCCUGAUAAGAGAGGUCAAAUUGAAUGGAAAUAAUCAAUUUGGGACCAAGACAAGUGUCCUUAAUAGAGAGGUUGUCCUUAUUAGAGAGGUGUCCGCUAAGGGAGGUUCCACUGUAGUUAAUAGAUAUUAGAGGCCUAAUACUUGAUGUGCAAAGAUAAAAGACCAUUUAAUGAUGAUCAUUUAUAAUUGAUGAAGAUUUAGUAUACAUUGAUUGAUUGCACCUGUUGUAAAGGUGAACUGAAGUUUUGCCCUUAAAGGACCACUGGCAAUAUAAAGGGCAAUAUUACCCAGCUGUCGGCUGCCCAGUCACCUCCUAGUCUAGAUAUAAAGUAGUUUCCAUCAACAAAUUGCACAAAAAAGGAAAGAUUCAAAAUCUGACUGAAUUAUCACGCUUUUCCGAUGUUGACUCCGAUUUGACCCGAGUUAGCUCUCCAUGCAUCGAUUCUUUCCAUGUGGAACGAUGCACUAGUAAGGCGCUUCCUGGAACUAGGAACUACCCCUUUGAUUUCAUGGUGCUGAUAUCGAUUUUUCCGACGUCACGCUGAUGGUGCUUGAUUACCCCGCUACUGCGACGAUAAUGGAAAUAAUGUUGCGUCGUAAUAGUGGGGUGAUGUGAACUCGGAUCUCGGCGUGCAAUCACGUGGCGGGAAAGGUCUUUCGCCUCAGGACUUGGGGGUACUAAAAAUAUCAAAUAACAUGUUUUUCUACUAUCUAAAGUGCUGAAACAAAAUUGGAAAAGCAUCGGACACGUUUAGAAAAAUAGUUUACUGAUGAAUGAGAGGAAGAACAAACAUACUGCAAUAAAAAGCCGCCAUUCCUUUAAGAUGAUAAUAUACGCUAUGAAUAAUGUGGAUUUUGUGAUUUAUGCAUUCCGCAAUGCCAAGUUGAAUGCCACGGCAUAUAAACAUGAAGAAACAUGUACCAUAAAGUGGGGUGGAAAUGGCCCCGGGGAAAAUUGCCCCAGCCCUAACCCUUAUUUGGACCAGACUAUGACAACUUGAGCCCACUGGGUUAUCUUUUUAAACAUUUUUGUUCAAUGCUUUUGUUGAAAUAAAGGAUUGACCAUGUAUGGUUCAAGCCAUAUGGUGGGAAAUGUAUGGAAAAACUCAGCCCCACUUUGGGCCAAUUUCGGCCUGUCUUACAGCACAACUUUUCACACAAGUCAGCUGGGGUGUAGCUUUUGUACUUACUACAUUUAUAUUUGUAGCCUACUAUGGGGACGUCUUUAUUAAAAGAAGAAUUUGAAUUUCUUUGACAUGGUACAAUCUGUGAGUGUUUAAAAAAUUGCUCAUCAUGGCUGGAUUCAAUCGGCUUUACAAGGUAUAGUCUUCAGGUGGUUUGUGUACAUUUGUUCACCGCGAAAAUUUCUAUCGUAAUGGUUAUUAUUAUCAAAACAGUUAAAACUGUCAGAUUAUCUUUAAAGAGUGCAUGUUUUGAAAAUAGAAAAAGCUGUAUUUAAAUUGUGAUUUUUUUAUAUAUAUAGAUGCUGUAGGCUCAGCUGUUAGAGAUAUUUUCUGAAUGUCUUGUUAUGAUUCAAUUUGCUAAUAAUGAGUUGCUAAUAAUGUUGUGUUCAUCUGUUAAUAAGGUUAUUAAAGUAUGAUUUGAAUCACACAUAGAGAAAAAUACACGGGUUUGUCCUGUGAUUAAUGAACAAAUUGGAAAAUAUGCAUUAACUGUGUGUGCAUGAGAGAGUGACCUUGUUGAUUUAUCUACCACAUAAUUAUGUGCAUAGUGUCAUAUCGUCAAACUAACCAGAUGGACCUGGGUUAUUUAAUAUACUUACCAAUGAGCACAUGUUUUGGACAUUUUUCUUGUGAUGCACACAUUUUCCCAGCCCCACAUCAGGCUCCAUCCGGCUCAGGCUUCUUGCUAAGUUGGAAGACCUGCUUUGAUUGAAUACACAAGAUACGAUUCUCAAUAAUUUUGAGAACUGAUUCUCCAGAAUGGAUGUGAACACAGCAUUUAUUCAAUGGACGGUGAAGUAGCACUUGAGAGACAUAUUUGUAACUGCCCAGUCUACAGCAGUUUGAUUGAAUUUCAUAUACAAAUUUAUUACAAAACUGCAUGUUGCUUUGUCUUCUCUGGUGUAUACGUUUUCAUAUACCAAUAAAUUUAUGAUA